AUGGAGCGAUCUCAGCGCGAAACCUGGUCGGAAACCGCCCCGGAUAUGCAUCCGUACGGCGUCGGAGGUCGUGCAACUCGAGACGGUCGCGACGCUGCGCUCUAUGCGCCAACGAACGUGAACGAAGACCAUUUUCGGCUGGAUGAAACACGCGCACCGUAUAGGCGGUAUUCAAAACGCGAGUCUCUGAAACUGCGCAAGGCAUCCGGGUCAACCGGAAUAGAAGAGCAUACAGCGGGCUCUGUUUACGGGAUCGGGGAUGCUCCAACAGGAACAAAAGGCCGCACACUCUAUAGGCCUUUAGAGCUGCAGUCUGGGUGCGUGCAAUCGGUGGACCUGCAGGAACCUAGCAGCUUUCCAGCUUCGGUGCCGCGUCCACCGGAAACUGUGGUUACUCGAGCAGACACUUCGUCUCCCCCGUGGUACGCUUUCCGGAAAAUGCACCCGCAGCACGGGCCGUUCCGGCUUCCAGACGCGCCUGUUACGCUCCACGUAGCAGGUCUGAUGCUUAUCUGGGUGCUGGUUCUAGUCAGCUUGCGGAACCGUAGCAAAUACGGUGUCCAGCGAAUCGACCGCGGCGCGCGCAUCUGGCGCGAGCGCACUCGUGCCAGAGCCAGGCACCAUGGAAGCCCUGCAUCGGCUGCUUCUCUCGCGCAACAUGUGCAUCCGUGCUGUUGGCUGCUGCUUCCUCUGCCGAGGGUAAUACGAGUGCACAGCGCGUCUGUAUGGCCGACGGUUAAGCCUAUCACGACCACCAAGCUCGAGAAUCCCGACCAUCUCGAACGCCUCUGGUACCAACGCCAUAGUCGCCAUUAUGCGAAUCUGCAUGAUUUAUCCCUUGGUGGGACUUUCAUCGCCUUGUCGGAUUCCGAUGUCGACUCCGAAGACUCGGCGAUACCGACGAUUGAAGAAUACGCAGCGCACCGCAGCGAGUUACCUGCUUCAGAACUGAUGCAGCAUCGAUCGGCCAAUGUCCAUACAAUUGAGAAUCUCGCAUUCCCUACGGUUUCCGGGCAGAUAGAGAAGAAUCAAGCGCCAUUCCGAGCGCGCCUGGAAAGCAAACCACAAAUACAAGUGCUGCGCGAAAGGAAUCAAGAUGUACCCGAGAGGCAGUCGAAGUCAGGUCGCCGCAAUGGGCCAAUGGGCAAACGCGCAUCUCUGCCAGCUUCUUGGGACGGCAGCAUCCAGUAUUCGUUGCCGAUGCCUGGAGCUGACGCACGCGCACCCAUUUUCGACAACGCCAGCAGCAUCUCCCUGUCAGCCAUUGACUCCUCACUUGAAGCAGCGAACACGGAGAAAGGCGAUCGUGUAUGGGAGCAUCAAGCUUCAGCUGGGGAUAUCUCUUCAUCCUGGCUUUUGCCAUCAAGACAUUCUGUGGGCGAUUGCUUCGAGGCCAGCGAGCCAAGCCUCGAAUUCGAAACCAGUGAGCAUGCGCACCACCCCGAACGAUUCAUUACAGCGAUGACUGCUUUCAGUGCGCGUGCAGGCCCUGUAUCCGAAAGUGGCCAGAUUCGCGCCAGUGCAGCACUGCCGGAUCAGUCCGGCACCGCUACCGAGUGCACUCCGACGGCGCCGAACUCGUUCGCCACUGGUUCAAAGCAGGGCCUUCCCGUGCUCUCAGCGCUCAUAUGGCAGGAUGCCCGUGUUCGCCGAAACGCAGACGGCAACUGGUGGCUCGAGCGCCACGGCGAGUACCGCCUCGAGCACCAACCACAUGUUCUAAUCCAUUUUGGGGACAAGUUCGGUGUGGAUGCAAGAAUCUUGCCACACAGUCAAGAAUCACAAGUAUGGUACGAGUGGUACAUCGAAAGACGGCCCGCUAAUUCGUCUGUGGAGCAGCCCUCGUACCAGGGUUGUCGCUGGGGUCGUAACAACGCCGGCGAUACCUGGUACGUCCGGUACGGCACCGAUACAAGUGGUUAUCACUGGGAGCAGCGUCUGGACUCGAAUGGGGCUCGUUUCCAGCUGGAGUGGGAGCAAAGCAUUGCAACAGUGCUGCACGUGCGACUAUGA